AUGGCUGGUGUCUUGCUCUGUUUGCUCGCUCUCGACAUCUCGACGGCCUCUUCCGCUGUGCUGUUGCCGCGGCAGGGAGAUUCGACAUGGCAGGACACAGGGCUCCCGGCUGCGCAGCGAGCUGAUGCCCUGUUGCCUCAACUGAGUUGGGAGGAGAAGAUUGCGCAAAUGGGCGGCAUUCGACGAUUACUCGGGGCCAAUGCCACAUUCAACCGUACAGCGUGGGACGCCUUGUAUCCCUUGCAACAUGGGAUUCUGAGCUACGGCUCGCAGCUCAACCAGGCUCAAGAUGUUCUGCCGUACGCCAACAUGGUUCGGGAGGAACAGUUGAACAGUUCUCAGGUGCCGUGGAUCACGGUGACAGACUCUGUCAACAGCAUCUAUGUGCCUGGAGGUACUCUCUUCCCCGCGACGCUGUCCCUGUCGACAUCCUGGAACCUCCCUCUGUACGAAGAAGUCGUGGCCGCCAUCCGGGACGAGAACAUGGCACUUGGAACGCACUGGGUUCUGAGCCCAGAGCUCGACAUCGCGAAGGAACCCAGAAACGGCCGUGUUGGGGAGAUGUAUGGCGAAGAUGUCUAUCUAGUCGGCGAGUUCGCCGCUCAAUACGUCAAAACCAUGCAGGAACGUGAUGAGGGUGGUCGCAUGAAGGUGGCGACGACCGUCAAGCACUUCCUGUACGGACAAGGCUUGGGCGGCGUGAACACGGCCAGCAUGGACGGUGGCGUCAAUCACCUAUACAACGAUCUGGCCAUUCCUUAUAUCAGGGCCCUCAAAGAGAAUCCGGCCUCAAUCAUGAUCUCUUAUUCCUCUAUCGACCGAAUCCCCAUGUCGAUGAACACGGCUCUCAUCCAGAACAUGCUGCGAACAGAGAUGGGCUUCACCGGUCUGGUCAUGUCGGAUGCUAUGGGGAUUUUGCAUCUGUACACCGAAUCCAAGGUGGCCUCGUCGUACAAGGAUGCCGCCAUCAAAGCACUGCGGGCCGGGCUACAGCUCGAGCUUGCUCCCGGUCAGCCGGCCUGCUUCCCAUAUCUGGUCAACAGCUCGGAUGAUCAAGAGAUCGUGGAUCUAGUGAAUGAAGCGGCCCGCCAGAACUUGAUCAUCAAGUUCGACACUGGCAUGUUUGAUCUUCCUCUGCCGACUAUGGAGAACCUCGACCGAACCCUGCGUGCACCUCAACACUUGGACGUCAACCGUCGAGCUUCACGAGAGGCCAUUGUGUUGCUGAGCAAUGACGGCUUCCUUCCGCAGGCAAAUCUCUCACAGGUUGCGCUGAUCGGCCCCUUUGGUGAUAUCCUUGACCCGGGCUCCUACGCUCCAACGACCAGUGCGAACCCAGAGUACGGACGUACUCUAAAAGGCAGCUUGGAAGCCCGCAUGGGCGCUGAGAGCGUCCGUUACGUCAAAGGCGUUGGCAUCCGGACCACGAGCCCGAAUGACACGGCUGGUAUACAAGAGGCAGUCGCCGCCGCCAGGGCUGCCGGUGUUGCCAUCGUGUCUCUAGGCUCUUUGUCUGUCUAUUCUCAAGACGCAGCCGUGAACGAGCGAACAGACGGAGAAUUCUACAGCCAUGCCAGCCUGGCUUUCCCGGGCAGCCAGCAACAGCUGCUGGACGCGGUGCUCGACACUGGCGUCCCGACAGUUCUUGUGCUGAAUGGUGGUCAAGCCUUUGUUUUGAACAAUUCAACCAUGCGCUCCAGUGCUAUUCUUCACCAGUUCCUCGGGGGCGAGUUCUCCAGCGAUGCUCUGGUCGAGAUCAUCACUGGCCAGGUCAACCCCAGUGGCAAGCUCACCAUCAGCAUGCCACAAGCGGACGGUGCCUUUCCGAUAUACUACGAUUUCCUGCUGUCGGACAACGUGGGCGGUGGGACAGCCAACCCUGCCGACCCGAGUGUAUGUGCGGGCGAUUGGAACCUUCCCUGUCUCAACCGAGACGGCGCUCCCAUGGCAUUCGGCUACGGUCUCAGCUACACCACAUUUGACCUCUCGGCACCUGAGAUCUUGUCGAACUCAAGCGGUGUGUCCAUCUCCUGCACCGUCACCAACACCGGCAAUAUGGCUGGCAAGGAAGUGGUCCAAGUCUAUUUCCGGCAGCAGUUCUCGGACAUUGAACUUCCCAACAAGAGGCUGAUCCACUUCCAGAAGGUGGAACUGCAGCCCGGCGAGGCGCACCAGGUGGAAUUCGCCAUCGAAAAGGCCGAUUUGGGCUACUACAACAAUGCGAAGUAUCAGGUGGACUCGGGCAAUUACACCUUCUGGGUGGGAUCAAGCUCUAGGAUGUCCGACUUGAAAAACGCCACGAUCAGUCUGUAA